AUGACAAAUGUAGUGACCAAAAAAUUCUGGAUAUUCGUUAAGAAUACCCCAAGAGUGACCGCUGUAAAGGUUCCGAUUACUGAAACAGCAGAGACCAUAAUUACGGCUGCUCAAUCUAGAUAUGGACCAGAAAUUUCUCAAUAUCCCUCGAUCGAGUUAACACUUGUUGACAGUGAGGGUAAAAUUGUUGAUCCUACACUAGAUAUUGUGGACAUUUCGAAUGAAAACUCACAGGAUAAACCAUUUGAAAUCAAAAUAAUUGAUAGCGAGGGUAAUUUUGUGGAACAUGAAGGGAGUCAUGAACUUGAGAAUAACUAUUACAAAGCGGUCUGCUUCCAAGAAGAACGCUGA